AUGCCCCAUGGGCAGCCACCCAUUCCUGCGCCUCGGCGCCAGCAGGACGUUCCCUACGUGAGUGGCCCUCCCAACAUGCGGUCGCCCCCGGCGUACAUGGGAUAUCCGCCUCAGAUGAACGGCCAUCCCCCUCCGGCUGCCUACUCCCCGCAGCAAUACCCCCAGUGGUAUGCACCUUUUCCGCCGAUGCAGAUGCCGCCACGUCCACACUUCAAUCCAUAUGCACCGGCCUUCAUAUCAUCGUAUCCCCCUUCGCAGCCGUUGAUGGCUCCAGCUCAUAUGCCGCCACAACCGCUCCCUCUACAACCCAGAGCUUCAACUCCGUUCCAGAACCCGAUGUCCCCUUCUGUUGGCCCGGCCCCUGCAUUUGUCCCGUCGCAGGCACAGUCCCCGGCCCCUACAUUUGUCCCAUCGCAGGCACAGUCCCCUGUGGUUCUUCCAGUCCACACACCUAGCCCGGCCACGUCGUCGUCUCCUGCUCCCGCGCCGGUCAAUACCGUUUCGCCGCCCAAAGAGCCUUUCCGAGCUCCGCUUCCGUGGCUCUCAAUCCCCGACAGCCCUUUCCCGGCCCGGGCUCCCCGCAGACAUCGAAAGGCCCGCAACCUACAGGCCUCCUCUCUCUCUGUGGAGCUUCCUGCCAAGGAUGGACAACGUUCUUAUAGGGGGGGACCGGCCAAGGCUCAGGAAACCCAGGCACAGACACCUUCCGAGCCACAGACGCCUACUUUGUCGGCUGCUCCCUCUGUUGCCGAUUCCACCCAGCCUACGACACCUUCUUCCGCUGUGCCAAGCUCCUCUGCCCGUCCGUCGAAGGGACCGAAAACAGCGGGCCCUAUUGUGCCAGUGGUUCCGGUCAUUCCCGCUCCAAACACUCCUCGCCGCGGCAAAGCUGAUGCUGGUUCUUCUGAAACACCCAAGUCAACCUCAGAAGUUAUCAGUACGCCCGCCGAGACGCCAGAUGCAGCUCCAGAGGAACCGGCUGACGACAAGCCUGUAGAGCCUGUCAAGCCUGCGGCACCAAAGUCCUGGGCGGACUUGGUCCGACACAAAAACCUUGCUCGCAACGCAGCUAGCCAGAGCGCUUCAUCCGGUGUGGUCAAUGGCAUCGCAAAAAGCCAGACUGUUGCGGACGUUAUAGUCAACUUGGGUGAUGAUGUUUCUCAAUACAGCGACAAAGUGUCUUUCCUUGAACCCCGGGGCCUUGUGAACACUGGCAACAUGUGCUAUAUGAACUCGGUACUUCAGAUUCUGAUUUCAUGCGUGCCUUUCUAUCAAUUCAUGGAUCACAUUGGGAAGCGAGCGUCCCACAGUUUUCAUAGUGAUUUUCCUAUGGUUGAUGCUUUGAUUAUGUUCAUGAAGGAGUUCCGGGUCAUUGAUGCUGCCCACAACGAAGAACAGCUGCGGAUGAGGCUCAAAGCCAACGAACUCGAGCAAUACGGAGAAGCUUUCAUUCCAGAGUUUGUGUACGAAGUCAUUCGCCAACUGCCGCGUUUCCGAGACAUGCGGCGCGGUCACCAACAGGAUGCGCAGGAGUUCCUUGGUUUCCUUCUGGAAGAAAUGCACGAGGAGUGCGCUCGCGCUGCCAGUGCCAAGUCAUCCACAGAACCCGCUCCUGAGAAUGAGAAUGGCGACGGUUGGUUGGAAGUUGGCCACAAACAAAAGCCUGCCGUCACACGGUCGUCUGGCCACAUCGCCUCGGAAUCCCCAAUCACGAAAAUCUUUGGCGGCAAGAUUCGGUCUGAGUUCCGCGUGCCUGGUAACAAGGCUUCUGUCACUCUCGAGCCGUACCAGCCGUUGCAACUUGAUAUUGGUGCCCCUGACAUCAACAACAUCGUGGACGCACUGAAGGGUCUGACCAAGCCAGAGAGCAUUCAAGGCGAUUUCAAUUCUUCCCGCGGCCCGAAUGUGACCGCAACCAAGCAGGUCUUUAUUGAGAGCUUGCCUCCUGUCCUCAUCCUUCACCUCAAGCGGUUCCAGUACGAUAGUGUCACCCAUGGCACGCAGAAGAUCUGGAAAAAGGUCGGGUAUCCUCUCGACUUGGAAAUCCCCCGCGAGGUGUUUCCGCCUCACAAACGUAACGUCAUGAUGGCUCAAGGCGGGCUUCCGAAGUACCGACUUACUGGUGUCAUCUAUCAUCACGGCAAGAACGCCAGCGGUGGUCAUUAUACCGUUGAUGUUCGCCGCCAGGAGGGCCGCGAAUGGAUCCGCCUCGACGACACUGUCAUUCGUCGGAUCAAAGCCGAAGACGUAGCGGAAGCCGGUGGGGAAGAAGACCCGAAGGUGCUGGCUGCGGCAUUGGAGCAGCACAAGCGUGACAAAGACACAAAGAAUAUCUAUGAUCAUAUUGAUCAGGGCGAUCAGUCCGACGAUGAGCGUGGCUGGAGCCAGGUUAACGGCACUGGUUCAGGCCACUCGAGCAAGAAAUCGAUGUCCGCUGUCAACAGCACCCCCAAUCAGUCCAACACAUCCUCUGGCGUUCGUACCCCGCUAGGACGGUAUGGAACCCGCGAUAACAAGGUGGCGUAUCUAUUGUUCUACGAGCGCAUUCCAUGA